AUGCCUCCCGCUAACCAUGUCAUCCUCGCCUCAGGCGCUGUUGUCGCCGUAUCGGUAGCGGUAGCCACCGCCAUCGCUCUCUACGAGUCCCCCGAGCUCAGGCGCUACGCCGACGAUGUCCGCCGUCGAAUAGCCGUUGCUUUGCACGCGAUAGGAGAGGGCAUCGACCCUCCCCAUAGAGAACCGCUCUUCAACCGACCCGAGGAUGCCAACGGCUUCCUGCAAUCGAGCCGCGGCGAGGGCGCAGAACCCGGCGUCGACGCCGACGAAGAAACACGAAGGAGGCAGCGCGAGGAGCUCCUCUACUGGAACUCGCAGCUGCUGGAGAAGGAGAAGGAGAUGGAUGAGAAAGAGGCUGCGAUAGAGGGGCCGACUCCUGUGAGGCGCCUGACAAAUGGGAGCAGAGGGUCAUCAUUCGAUGAUUUCCUGCGACAGGAUGAGGGUGCCGAGAGGGGCACAUUCGUCUUCAGUUCCGGAACCGAUUCGCCUGCUACCGAUGGCCUGCGACAUCGAGGCGAGGCAUCCGCGUACACUAUUCGGGGAAUGCCUGCGUCUGUUUUUGCAAACCCCUUCGCCGACGAACACUUUAUUAUCUCCGAUGAUAUCGAAACCGCACAGGCCAGCCAGGUUAUGCCGUCAAGAGACGAGAUCAUGUCCGAUAUCUACAGCGCCACAACCCAAGAGCAUCCUCAGUCACCCAAGCUAGACAUCAGGGAGGAGCCCGAGUCCCUGAUUGAUCUCCGCUCACAGUCCCCAGUCCAGACACAGUCUUCCGUGACCCUGGACGGCAGCCCAGAACCAGAGGAGUACAUGACCCCAGGCCAGGAAAACCAACACGACGAUGCCUAUGCUUCCAUCCAGGCAUGGGCUCAGAGCUCUGAGCAGGGCUUCUACUCACCACUGCCUUCAACGCCCAGGAUGCCAGUCUCUGAGGCUGGCUCCGAGCCCGAUGAGUUCCUCACCGAAGGCCAGCUCACCCCAACCGAUUCGGUCUCAGUUAUCGGCUCACAUGAGGACUUUGGAAACGAUGGCGUCUCAAUGAGAAAUGGCUCCGCCGCCCGUCCCUACGACGUAAUUAGCGAGAGCGACGGUAUGAUGACUCCCGCCAGCUGGUCAGAGGUUGGUAGUGUUAUCAGCGAGAGCGAUGUGGCUCCAGCCCCAAUGCGUGCAUAG